AUGCCAAAGCCGCGCGGCAUACACCCUUUCCAUGAAACUCCCGAGUUCGACACAGAUUUCAGUAACACCGACGACGUACACAAAGAGGUUUCUUGGCCUAUGCCAGACCACUAUGAGCGCAAGCCAGAUCCGGAAGCUCUUCCAUUCCAGAAGGACUGCAAAGACGAAAUUGAAGCAGCGAAUCAAGUCGUUGCAGAUGACGAGCCUCCUAGCAGACCAUUCUCUGGAGGUUGGAAUAGGGUUCACGGAGAAGGGUCUACAGCUAGCGAGAAGAUAUUGCACGGAGAUCAACUACGCGAUAAUUAUUCGGCUCGAGAGAUGAGUUCCUUUAUAAAAAAAGGAAACCAAGCUCUAGGCGAUAUGCACCAAGAUCAGACUUCACGGUUAUCUACUGUGACUGAAAGUCGUUCAGCAACACCUCCACCAGUAUCGCGGUCACGUAGAUACAUAAUCGACGACGAAUUCGCCGAAUUGAGCGAAUUGCCUAGUCCGGAUAGCUUUUUUGGCGUAUCAGCCACAACCAUGAAGGCUUACAUAUCCGAGCAUCCAGAUGAGGUUGGUAGUUCUGAUGGCUCUACUGCAAAACCACCUACUGUCAUUCGAAAUAGUGACGUUGCUCCAUUACGGGUCAUGUCUCCUCUUGGACGGGCUGAUGAUACUACGCGACCGGACGAGCAUUACUACCUGGUUGAGGAGGAAUCCGGACAGACGAAAACACCCGCCCUCGACCGGAUACACAAAUUCGAGAACACCGGGCUGUCUCCAACGAAGGGCAAGGCUCCAAGCUACUCCUCACAACAAGAGAGAAUAUACAAAUCUGAAACAGGUCAAGCAGUCAACCACCAAGCCAUAUUUUACCGGAAAAACGAUUCUGGUGUGGGUAUAUCAGAUCGCUCUGGGUCAUCGAGAGAAAAGGCGACGAGCAGUCAAGAUGCCUCAGACCCAAGUCAUAUUAGCUCGAGGCCAAGCGAAGGGUCCAAUAGGCCUCUUGACUUCUUUAGUCAGUCUAUCUUUCAAGUCGUGCUGCACAACCCAGCGACAUCUCACCAGCUUCUUAAGUACUGUCAAAAUCAGCUCUGCAGUGAGAAUGUGGAAUUCUUGCACAUGGUCGAAAAUUAUCGUACGAACGUCAACAAUCUUGCCGGCAUUCUGGCGGUUAUCCACCAAAGUUUCAUUUCAGGUCAAUCGCAGCGCCAGAUCAAUAUUUCUGGUGAGAUUGUGGACGAAGUCCAUUCUAAUAUGAAGUCCCUAGUCAAAGAUGGGCUACCAGCUAUGGAAGCACUAUUCGAACCCAUGCAAGAAAAGAUUGAGCAUUUGGUAUUCACCGAUAUCUACCCACGAUUUGUGCGAUACCAAGUGGCUAUGGACACUGCAAAGUCCUUAUCAAAUAAUCGUCGCAAAUAUCAAGGCUUGGGAGACUGUUUUUGUUUUUCGAAUCCGGGAAUAGCUGAUAAUCCCGUCGUGUACGCCUCGGACGGGUUCGUUCAGGUCACUGGAUACAGCAGAUCAGAAAUCAUACCCCGGAACUGUCGGUUUCUACAAGGGCCUCAGACGGAUCGUGCAGCUGUGCGGCGCAUCAAAGAGGCUCUAGUCGAAGGAAGAGAAACGGUUGAGUUGCUGCUGAAUUACAAGAAAGACGGUGCGCCUUUCUGGAACCUCUUAUAUAUGGCACCCCUACGCGAUGCUACUGGAAAGAUUGCUUUCUUUUUGGGUGCGCAGAUCAACUGCUCAACUGCAAUCCACUCCAACACCGAUGUCAUGCGGGUGCUUUCCGAGUCUAAUGAAGAAACGACGACAAAAGAGUUGUCCCGACAGGGACAACACGUCAAUAAACUCAAGAAAAAGACACUAUUCAGCAUAUUCAGCUCAGAUAAACAUAACAAGCCGCCUCUCCCUGACGAAAAUACGGGCAUGGAGCGCAAACUGCUCAAUCGAAUAGAGGGGCAAGACCUCAGAACGCAGAUCACGGAAUUUUACAGUGCCUAUUCGAAGUAUAUCGUCAUUCGUGCAGACACUUUCGUGAUUGGUUACUACUCGUCCGAAAUAACAGACUCACUUCUUCCGACCCAAGGCACAGGGAUCCCUGGCAGUCACCCAUCUGUGGGACAGGAUAUUUUCAAGUUCUUCAAGCAGUACCAGCUGAACACACAUCAAGCAGACUUCAAGACACCUGUAAAGAAGGCCAUAAAGUCCGGCUACCCAAUCAGCACAGAAAUUCGACUACAAACACGGCGGAGUGCUGUUUUCAGGGGCGACGAGAACUUCGCAACGCACUGGACACCCUUGAAGAAUGAGCAUGGAGCACCGCAUUGGGUUGUGCUCACCCUUGCAUCAAUGAUGGGCCCAGAAAAUAUGUAA